UAUAAGCAGAGGUUUUGUUUCAUUCUCUUAGUUGCAUCUACUUAUAGUGGGAUUACUCAAGUGUCUGGAAUCCUGCACAGGGUCUGAGAUGGCAGGAGAAAGUUGUGAGAUCAGUAGUAUCUUUAACAAUUAUAUUACAACAUUAUAUCCACCUGUCCAAGCUCAUGCUGUGUCAAGUGCAGCUUUCACAAAUGAAGACAAUGAGAAGUUACUUACGUUUACUAUACCAGGAACCAAUAGUGAUCUAACAGCAGAGUUAUGGGCCCAGGAUUUGCCACACAUGUGGACACAGCAGCAUGUGUUGAACUGGAUUGGUUAUAAUGUAGAGAGAAACAAGUGGGAUGCCAGAACAAUAGAUUUAACCCAAUGUGAAAUGGAUGGGCAACGCCUAUGUCAACUGAGCAGGGAAGAAAUGACGACAAUGUUUGGUGGUCUUGGGGAUAAACUUUAUGACCAUUUGUGCAAGCUAAAAGAUUCUCCUUCAUCGUCAAUUUCAUGUGACUCUAGUGAUUAUGAAUUAAAGUUCCAUCUUUCAGAUGAAUGCCCUUCUGAAUGGGACCUGAUAUAUGACUAUAUUAAAAAUGAAGACAAUGUGCAGUUUGGAGGCAAGAAAGAAACAGACUUUGAAUUUUGUGAAGAGAAAACAACAUAUCCUGGUCAUUACUCUGAUCCGAUCUCACCUGCCAGCUCAGAGUCCUGUGGAUCUGAAUCUUAUAGCUCACAAGCUGGAUAUUCUGCAGGAAGUGACCUUGACAUGGAGGUUAAAAUAUCUUUGGGAAGAGAUAAUCUACCAAAUUAUACCAACAGUAAUGGAGCUCCAAAUAAAAGAAGGAGGGGCAGACCCCGAAAAAUUAAUGCUGAUAGUACAGAUAUCUUAGAGACUAAGAAAAAUAAGCACUCUGCACGAGGUACACACCUUUGGGAGUUUAUUCGAGAUAUAUUGCUACACCCUGAUUUAAAUGAAGGUCUUUUAAAAUGGGAGGACCGAUCUGAAGGUGUCUUCAAGUUUCUUCGAUCAGAAGCAGUUGCCCAACUUUGGGGACAGAAAAAGAAAAAUUCCAGUAUGACGUACGAAAAGCUCAGCCGAGCUAUGAGAUAUUACUACAAGCGAGAAAUUCUUGAGCGCGUUGAUGGUCGCAGAUUAGUUUAUAAAUUUGGCAAAAACUCUAGUGGUUGGCGGCUAGGAGACAAAGAAUCCUUUGGAUGUUAGGAGCAGAAUGCCAUAGACUAUGUGGAUAACUGUCCACUGUGCAUAUGUUUGUCAGAAUCCAGCCUUGUUUUCAAGGACAUUUUAGUAGCAUCAUUAUUACGGUGCCAAUUACUUAAAGAGCAUCUGUCACCAUGAUCAACCCUAUUAACCCAGGCCUGCUGCCUGGUAGGGUUGAUUAUGGUGAAGUAAAUUAACCUUCUAUUGCACCUAUCUCAUGUACCAUUACAGCAUAAUUAUUACUUCUAUUCUUAUGCAAAUUAUGUGCUCAGAGCAACGAAGGGCUGGCCUCUUCUUAUCCCCUCUGUCCACUGCCCCUCAUGGCCUGAUUGACAGGGUCAGAUAUCCUAGCUGUUUGAAUGCCUGGCCCUGAAAUAUCAGGCUUGUGCUGGUUCAUUUCUGGAGGCUCUCCCUGCUUAGAUCUGAACUGUACUAGCACCGAUGAUGUCAGUCUCCUCCCGGAAAAGAAAAUGCUCAGCUUCACAGAUAUAGAAGGAUGCCUGGUGCUGUCAAUCAGACCAUGAGGAAGAAUGGUGACAGGGGAAAGGAGGAGGUGAAGCAGGACUCUGAAGGACUAGGCCAGUCCCUUGGUACUCUGAGCACUUAAUUAGCAUAAGAAUAAUUUCCUUUACCAUGAUCAACUCUACCUGGCAGCGUGCCUAGUUUAAUAGGCUUGAUCAUGGUGACAGAUGCUCUUUAAGCUGAUAUUUUAGCUUCAGUAGGUUGUUGUGAACCAUUGUACUUUGAUAUUUCAUAUACUGUAUUUUGUUUAUUUUGUUUGGUUGUAGUAAUUUCAGUAAUAGUAAGAAAUCAAGCUGAUGUGAUAAGUUUCAGAACAAACACAAGGAAGAUGGGGAAUGCAUAUACUGUACAUAUAUAUAAUGUAGUCAUUAGCGUUACUAUUUUUAAGCACACAUCUAUAUAGUUCCCUUCUCUAAACACAGAGAUUACCUGUUUCAAACAACAAAUUUCUUUAUACGGCACAUAUACUUAAAGGAGUUGAAGAGUUAAAUAAAAAAAAAAGUGUACAUGUACAAAAAUAACUAAAUAAACCAUAUUUGCUCUUUUUUCUCCCCUGGUGCUUUCAGUGCUGCGUUCCAGUACUGCGCUGCCGCGCUUUGUUUUCCUGGUUGCACUGGUGAUGGCACAUGUACAUAGGUUAACAUGUUGCCACUCAUUGACCUCUGCAGGGAUGUCACUUAUACUGCUGAGGCCAGUGCUUGGCUGCACCGUGACCUGUGUGCAAAGUUGCCGUCAGGAAAAUAUGUCAGAGGUGGAAAAGACUGGAAAAUAGCACUGAAAACAGAAGCAGAGAAGAGGGGUAAGUAAGGAUUCUUUUGUUAUUUUAGCACAUGUAAAGGGGCUGCCUGAGUUUAUAGUUAACAACCCCUUUAGACUUACAUACACUGUAACCUAUGAACAAAUUGUAUACAUUAUUUUAGUCAAUAUUUCCUAAUUUCUAAUUUCUGUAAAUGUAUUCAAGCAGAGUGUCUGAGUGUGUGUGUGUGUGUGUGUGUGUGUGUGUGUUGGGGGGGGGGGGGGAUUCUGGGAAGUUUACCAUGAGGGUAAGAUUUGAAGUCACUUUUCCAUAAAGGUGUAUUUCCAUCUAGGACAUUGAUAGCAUAUUGCCUCCAUUCACUGAAAUGGGAGUUUCGGAAAUAGUCAAGUACUCUACCUCACUUUGGGAGCCACUUUCUGCAGAUAAGAGUGGAUCCAAAAGGUGUCCCACACCUAUCUGACAUUGAUGGAAUAUCCUACCAAUAUGCAAUGUCCUGCAUUGAUGUACUUUGCACUAAAUUUAUCAAACAGCACAUGGUUAAAUUGGUAUAUCAUUAUACAUAACACUUUUGUUUAGAAAUGCUACUCCAAUUUUUCUACAUAAUCCCCCUACUGGAGUGAUAAAUCUGCAGUGAAACUCAUUACAGCUAACAACACACACUUUAACUUCCAUCUUUGCCCAAAAAAUUGCAAAUCUCAUUUUGCGACUUAAAACAUUUAAGGUACUUUCACACUAGCGUUUUCCUUUUCUGGUAUUGAGUUCCGUUACAGGGGCUCAAUACCGUAAAAAAAAAAAAAUGUAUCAGUUUUAUCCUAAUGCAUUCUGAAUGGAGAGCAUUCCGUUCAGUAUACAUCAGGAUGCAUCAGUUCAGUCCCUCUUACGUUUUUCGGCCGGCCAAAAAUCCUGAACACUUGUUUGCCUGGCAUUAAUUUCCAUUGAAAUGUAUCAGCGCCGGCAUUACAAUUGCUGCAUUGACAGAUCCGUUCUUCGGGUCUGCGCAUGCGCAAACCUUUAGAUCUGUGAAAAAAUGAAAUACCGGAUCCGGUAUGACACCGGAGAGACGGAUCCGGUAUUUCAAUGCAUUUGUCAGGCAGAUCCGCAUCCGGAAUCCUCUGCCCCAAGUGUGAAAGUACCCUUAAACACUUUAACAGUGCACACAAUUUAGUUUCUCUGCACUUAUUUACAAAUAUUGCCAAGAAUUUCAAUUGUAAAUAUUGCAGUUUUAUUAGUGAACAUACUUUCAAGUUUGUAAAAUCGUGUAGGCUUUAUUAAGCAAAAUAAACACAUUUUGAAUUAUUAAAUCUGUAGUUUCAAUACAAACUUUUAUGUUAACCCAUAGGAUACCACCAUUGUACAUGUACGACGCUGCUGGAUGUGACUUAAACCCCAGUGCUGUAUAGGCACGGUGGGCUGAUUGGGCAGAUGCAGGAGCUGUGCCCGCCUGAUCAGCAGAAGGGGCCCGGCAGUUACUGACAGAGAAGCCCUUGCUCUAUGCACCGGCAUCGGUGAAAACACAGAUGCCAGCGCAUUAACCCUUAGUAUGCCACGGUCAGCAUUGACCAUGGCAUGUGCAGAGUGUGUGGAAGGAGCUCCCUCCACAUCCUCAUCGGGUCCCCACGCCGCAGUGAUGGUGCCUCAAUGGCUGGGAAGGUGCCUUCUAUGGAAGCCUGUGAGACCCAGCUGGCUGUCAGUGAAAAAUGGCUCUCAGAAAUUGGCAACACCAAAACAAGAUUUUAUUCUGUUCAAAAUGAUUUAGUUUUUUUUUCUUUUUUUAAUUAAAUAUUUUUUUUCUUUUUUAAACAGUGAAAAACAGCACAUUAUAGUAAACAAGACAACCCCCCCAAUUGGCUGUCAUCACAACAGCUCUAUCAAAUAUACCCAUAAUUACAGUAUUAAUUAUAGCUAAACAGUCAUACGUGCCGCUCUCCUUUUUUAUUUCCAUAUCCUCAAACAUUCGAAUUUGUUGAAGGUACAGGAUCCAUUCAUUUAGCGAGGGCGGGGAGACAGAGCACCAGUGUUUAAUUAGAAUAACUUUUGCCGCCAUCAAACCCCUCCUCCAGAUCUGUCUGACCCGGACCGGGAUUACCAUUUCUGGAGCAAAGUAUCCCAAUAUCACAGUCAACAUCCCAGGAUUAUAUGUCAAAGUGGACUACUUUUGUAGGGUUACAAAGACCUGUUCCCAGUACUUUUUUAGUUUACUACAAUUCCAAAGUAACUGGCUAUAAUCCGCAUUCACAUAUCCACAUUUAGGGCAGCAGCAGUCUCGGACUUUAUUUUGGGGAAAUUUUGCUUGCAUUGCUUGCAUUUUUGGUGUAUAAUACAAUCAGUGCAAGAUCUUAAAUUGAAUUAAUAUGUGAGCAUUGGAAAUUGUAGCCUUUCCUACAUUUCUGUAAAUGCUGGUCCACUGUAGUGGAGGGCAAUGCAACUCUUGCUCCCAUAUACAUGGGCUUUUAAAAAGUGUUACAGUUGCCAAUGCCAUUCGGAGUUUGCAAUAUAAUCUAGCUUAACCUUCUCAUCUUUCUGGGCAUAACAAUA